AUGAAUAUGGUGAUGGGAAUUGUUGUGUGGUGGUGGAAAGUGAGGGGAGGCUUUCUACCAUCUCUCUCUUUUACUUGUUUUGAAGCUAAGCGAUUGAGCAAGGAUGGGAUUGGUGAAGGGGAAUAUGAAGAAGAAGAAGCUCCACAAACCACGGAGGAGGAACUGGAAUACCUUGAAUUGAGGCAGAGAUUAAAAGAAGCUAUCAGAAAGCAGAUUAAAAAGGAAUCUGGUUCUGGCCAUGCAAAUUCCCAAGAGAAAAAGAAGAAAUUGCCAUAUGAUAAUUAUGGAUCCUUCUUUGGGCCUUCACAACCAGUUAUUGCUCAAAGAGUAAUUCAAGAAAGCAAGUCAUUAUUGGAAAACCACCAUUUGGCACCCAAAGUGUCAAAAUCCAAUCAUGAUGUGGGUACCAUAAAAAGCAAGAGCCUUGCUUCAACCACUGCUGGAUCAAAAACUCAAGCUCGUAACCACCAUCCUAAAGUUGUAAAUCAGUUAAAAACGAAAGUCCAGAAACUUAAGGAUACAAGAGAUUAUUCUUUUCUAUUAUCUGAUGAUGCAGAGCUUCCAGCUCCCACAAAAGAUCCUCCAAUUCGAAAUGUCUCUGUUCCAAAUUCUGAGGCAAGAUCAGCUCAAGUGCCACCAAAGAGCAGACAGUGGUCAACUAAUACUGGUAGACAAGUUCCCAAUAGUCGCGAGGAGAGGAAACCUAUGUCAACAGGUAGCCAAACGCAUCCUAAAACUGGGCCGCGCAAGUUAAUUUCUGCCGGUAAGCCCAUUCCAACAUCGGUUGACUCUAGAAAACAGCUUGGAAACAAUAAUGGAAGCGGGCCAGGUCGGCCUCUAGGGCCAAAAGGCUUGCCUUCUAAGAUGCCAGCAGCCACCACAGAGAGGAGGGUUGCUGCACCACAACGGCAGUCUUUGGACCAGAAACCUAGUGUGCACAGGCCCCCUUCUUCGAAGUUGCACUCAUCUGCUCCAAAGCAAGCUUCUGUUCCAAAGCAAUCCUUGGACCAGAAAAAGGAAGUUCAGGGAUCUAGCAGAGGAAAGAUGAUGCCAAAACAGCCAGUUCCAUCCUCUAAACCACAGAUAAACAAGCAACCUGCGAAAAUUCCAUCUUGCCCUCCGUUGAGAGAGGACCACCCAAAGAAGAAGCCUGUCAGACCAUACGACGAUGAUGAUGUGGAUGAUGAUGAUGAUGAAGGUGGAAGAGCAAUAAGCAUGAUUAGGAGUAUGUUUAGGUAAGUAGCC